CCACUGUAUGGAUGAGGCAUAGAGAGGAAAACGUACUUGCUCCUCCAAGGUUAUGUGGUUAAUUGGGAGAAGAUUGGGGUUUUUAAACUCGGGGCUAACUUCCAAGCCUAUGUUCUUUCCACUAGACCGUGAGUGUUGAAAGAAAGGGAGGAAAGAAGGAAGGAAAAAAGGAAUUUGUAGAGGUUUUUGCUCAUUUUAAUAGAGCAUAGGAAGGAAAGGAACCUUGUUGCAGAAAUUCAUGUAAGGAAAACUGUCCUGAAGAUGAAAUGAGCUUUAAACCUGCCCCAAACAUCACCGUACAGCUAAGCCACCUUGCCUUUGCUGCUGUCCCUCUUCCUAAGCAGCUUGAUCCCACCACUUCAGUCUGUAAUGACACUGGACAGGUAGCUGUGAAGUAGCCUGGCUGGGUCACCAGCUGCUGGGGAGGAAGGGCCACUCCUUCCCCCGAGGGGCUGCCAGGCCUCAAGGACAAACGAUCUCAGGGGCAGUAGAAACUGUAGGGAGGGUGCAGCUGUUUCAUGCCAGUGGUUUCUAGGAAUGUUUCUGACCUCCUCUGGUCCCAGCAUUUCAUGGGUGAUGGAGCAAGACAGAAUCUCAAAGGACAGCUUGGUGACUACUUGGUUUGGGAGAUGCAUUGGCUCACUAGUUACAAUCCAUUGCGUCUCUAAAGGCAGAUUUUUUUUUUCUUUCCUGUUCACAAGGAAUUCCUUUCUCCAUGUGGCAUUUCUGAUUUUGAAGCACUAAUCUCAUCUAGAUCAGAAAGCCUGAAUUGUUGAUAAAAUGGCAAUUCUGGAUGUUUUUUGCCUUUAGUCACAAGAGAGUAUUUCUGUGUGUGAAACAGGUGAUUGAGAAAGAUGGAAAUGUAAACUAGCAGUGGAGAGCAACAGUAAUAAUUUUCUAUUAAAAUACCACUUAUGGAAUGCUAGGUACUUCACAUAUAUAACUGUUCUUCAUGACGAUUCUGAAGUAGAUACUAUGAUUCAGAAACUGAGGUUCUGAGCUAUUAAAUGAAGUUGGCUUAAAAUCACAUAGCUGUUAAGUGGUCGGCUUUGUGGUCUGUGUUCUUUCCCCUCACUGUGCCAACCAUUAUUUUAUGACUCCAUUCCCAUGUGGACAUCCAUUACUGAGCAUUUCCUGGGACUCCCUUCUAGCCAUUUGGAUAGAAGUUGGUAAAUUUGGUGUCAAAUUUAAUCUUGUAUUUUACUUUUAUUCUUUUAAUCCUUAUUGUUAAAUUGAAUUGUUGACCAGUUUCCGUGCUAUACAAUUUUUGUUGUAAUACUUCAUAGAUAAUAUUUUGGCACAGACCACAGACAUUGGAAUAAUGCAUUGCGGAGGGUUUUUUUAAAGUUAUCUUUUUAUAUAUAUAUUUUUACUUUUUAGUUUAUUAUUUUAAUUCAGGUGGUUUUAGCUAUAAUUUGCACAUCAGAAGCACAGGUAAAACAGCCUGUUAUAGUGGAAAGAGCACAGCUCUAAUUAUCCAGACCUGGUUUCAGUCCUGGUUCUGUCACCUACAAGCUGUGUGACCUUCACAAGUUACUUCACCUCUCUAAGCCUUAAUUUACCUGUUUGCAAUGUGAAGAUCAUUUCUACCUUAAAAUUCGUUAUGGGAAUUAGAGAUACUAUUUCUAAAGUACUUGGCAUAAAGCUUCCAAUGUAGCAGGUAUUAAAUAGAUAUCUGUUGAAUAUUAGGCAAACAGCUCAUAGUAUUAUUGUUGUCAUUGUCAUUAUGAAAGUUGUCCCCUGUGCCUUUCAUUUUAGGACGAUUAUACAACUCAUUUUUCUAGAGAGCAACUUAUUUUGCAAUUACCCAAGAAUGGUGGGACGGGGGACUUCCUGAAAUGUCACCUGGGGGUCCAGGUUUGAACUUAGGCCGUGGCUAAGCUGACCUUUUCUGCAUGUGACCUUUCCUGGCCUUUGCACAGUCCUGUCUUUAAUUGACCAGCACCAAUUCUCUCCAUUCCUGCUUGCCAUUGUCCUCUGAGCCUUUCGUAGCACAGAGGAGGUAUCAUCUGUUCACCCUGUUGUCAUUUAACUCAGGGACACAUGCUUGUUACACACAUAGCGAUGCUUCCUUGAAAGUUCUUUGAACUGGUCAGGUUUUCAAUUCCACUGAGCUGGAGAUUGCGCUAGAAGUCAGGAGGCUUAUUUGCAGAGCAUGCAUAGUGGAGAGAAAUUCUCCACUGUUAGCCACCUGGAAUGGUCUCGGUGCGGCUGUCCUUCAGCUGGAGCUGUCCUUAACAUCACUUGGGCCUUUGGGGCAGGUUUUGCCUGCAGCCUAUAGAUGGAUAUAAUCUCAGAUGCUGAAAUGAAAUGGCAGGUUUGGUUAGUAAAGACCAUUGUUGAGUGAACCUAGUGAUAUCUGGUCCCUAGAGUCCACUUGCCUCAUUGAACAAUAAAUUAUGAAGUCCGCAGCUUUCUUGUGUUCAGAAACCUGCAAACAUCGUAUGGGAAUUUAGCCUUUAACCUCUUUGAGUUCAUUUAUAUCUCCCAAAGUAGUUCAGCUCUCAUAGAAAAGAACUCCAUCUACCAAACCGAUGAUUUGAUGCAUCUGGCUUUAAUCCGGCAUUAUCCGAAGAAAAUAUUCUGUAGACAUUUCCAGUGAGUGAAACUGUUUCUGCAUCUGACAUUCUUAUUUUACUGUGCCUGAUACCAGAGAACUUCCCAGCAUACCUGAGAAUAGAAAUCUGACAGAAUAUUUUGUGGCCGUGGAUGUAAACAACAUGUUACAUCUGUACGCCAGUAUGCUGUACGAACGCCGGAUACUCAUCAUUUGCAGCAAACUCAGCACUUUAACUGCCUGCAUCCACGGCUCUGCCGCCAUGCUCUACCCCAUGUUCUGGCAGCACGUGUACAUCCCGGUCCUGCCGCCGCACCUGCUGGACUACUGCUGUGCUCCCAUGCCCUACCUCAUAGGAAUCCAUUUAAGUUUAAUGGAGAAAGUCCGAAACAUGGCCCUGGAUGACGUUGUGAUCCUUAAUGUGGACACCAACACUCUGGAAACCCCCUUCGAUGACCUGCAGAGCCUCCCGACUGACGUGAUCUCCUCCCUGAAGAACCGACUGAAGAAGGUCUCCACCACCACUGGCGACGGUGUGGCCAGAGCCUUCCUCAAGGCCCAGGCCGCCUUCUUCGGCAGCUACCGGAACGCUCUGAAAAUCGAGCCAGAGGAGCCAAUCACCUUCUGUGAGGAAGCCUUCGUGUCCCACUAUCGCUCUGGAGCCAUGAGGCAGUUCCUGCAGAACGCCACCCAGCUGCAGCUCUUCAAGCAGUUUAUUGAUGGGAGAUUAGACCUUCUCAAUUCCGGCGAAGGUUUCAGUGAUGUUUUUGAAGAGGAGAUCAACAUGGGCGAGUACGCUGGCAGCGACAGACUAUACCACCAGUGGCUCUCCACAGUCCGGAAAGGAAGUGGAGCAAUCCUGAACACUGUGAAAACGCGAGCAAACCCAGCCAUGAAGACUGUCUAUAAGUUCGCAAAAGAUCAUGCAAAAAUGGGAAUAAAAGAGGUGAAAAACCGCUUGAAGCAAAAGGACAUCACCGAGAAUGGCUGUGCUCCCACCUUGGACGAACAGCUACCAAAGACUGUGCCAUCCCCGCUGGUGGAGGCCAAGGACCCCAGGCUCCGAGAAGACCGCAGGCCAAUCACAGUCCACUUCGGACAGCCACAAAGACUCCUCCGUCCCACUCGCCCGCCGCCUCCCAAGAUACAGCGCUCGAGGCCCGUGCGUCCACCCCGUCCACACGUCGUUAAGAGACCGAAGAGCAACAUCACCGUGGAAGGCCGAAGGACAUCUGUCCCAAGCCCUGAGCAGCCACAGCCAUAUCGGACACUCAAGGAGUCGGACAGUGCAGAAGGCGAGGCAGAGAGCCCAGAGCAGCGAGCCAGGGAGCCCGUGGGCCCUGCCCCAGCACCACCUGACCGGGCUGCCAGCAUUGACCUCUUGGAAGAUAUCUUCAGCAGCCUGGACAUGGAGGUGCCACUGCAGCCACUGGGCCAGGCCAAGAGCUUGGAGGAUCUUCGAACCCCCAAAGACCUGAGGGAACAGCCGGGUACCUUUGACUAUCAGAGGCUGGACCUGGGCAGGAGUGAAAGGAGCCGUGGCAUGCCGGCUGCCUUGAGGCUGGCUCACCCAUACAACAAGCUCUGGAGCCUGGGCCAGGAUGACAUGGCCAUCUACAGCAAGCCCUUGGCCACCUCCCCCGAGAAGCCCUCAGCCUUGCUGGGGAACUCCCCGGCCCUGCUCUGCAGGCCCCAGAACCAGGACAGCAUCCUGAACCUCAGCGACAAGGAGGCGGCACCCACCCCCACUCCGGGCAGCAUCACUAUUCCCCGGCCCCAGGGCAGGAAGACCCCAGAGCUGGGCAUCGUGCCCCCGCCUCCCACCGCCCGCACAGCUAAGCUCCAGGCUGUUGGUGCCGCCCUUGGUGACUUCUCCACAGAGUGGCUGCAGGCCGAGCAGGAAAGGCGCACUGCCCCGCCUCCCAGUGCUGCCCCCCAAGGCCCUGCCAAACUACUCCAGCCGCUCAGCCUGACCCCAGGGGCUGCGGCCACUGGCAGUGACGCCCUGCUGGCCCUCCUGGACCCACUUAACACAGCUUGGUCGGACAUUACCCUUCCACCAGGCCCUACAGCCCCAAAUGUAGCCACCCCAUUCACCCCCCAGUUCAGCUUGCCCCCUGCGGGGACCCCCACCCCAUUUCUGCAGCCAUCACUCAACCCCUUUGUCCCACCUGUGCCAGCAGCACUGCCCACCAUGUCCCUGGUCUCCACACCAGCCGGGCCUUUCGGGGCCCCUCCUGCUUCCCUGGGGCCAGCUUUUGCCCCCAGCUUCCUGAUGUCCAGCUCUGGCUUCUGCCCCCCACAUAGAUCUCAGCCCAACCUGUCUGCCCUCUCCAUGCCCAAUCUCUUUGGCCAGAUGCCCAUGGGUGCCCACACCAGCCCCCUGCAGCCACUGGGCCCCCCAACAGUUGCCCCUUCGAGGAUCCGAACGUUGCCCUUGGUUCGUUCAAGUGCCAGGGCUGCUGAGGCCAAGCAGGGGCUGGCCCUUAGACCUGGAGACCCACCACUCCUUCCUCCCAGACCCCCUCAGGGCCUGGAGCCAGCACUGCAGCCCUCUGCUACUCAAGAGGCCAGAGACCCCUUUGAGGAUUUGCUACAGAAAACCAAGCAAGACGUGAGCCCUGCCCCGGCACCAGCCCCGGCUCCGGCACCAGGCUCCGUGGAGCAGCUCAGGAAGCAGUGGGAGACCUUUGAGUGAGCCGGCACUACGGCCGGGCCGAGCCGAGACGCUGCCGGCCUGCUUUUCCUCUGGCUCUGUUUCUGCCCAGGCUCCACUGGUGGGAAAGGAGGGACCCUCUCUGCCGCCCCUCCUCCCCUCCACACUGCCCAUCUCUGAGGUCUGGCCUCUGGAGAAAGUUACCAGUUCUGGUCUGGGAAUCGACCCAGUUCCUGGGCACCCAUCCCACUCACCACCACCCCUCCCCAGCACCCCUGUUGGGUUUUGCACUAAAGAGGUCAGCUGGGCCAGUGAUUGCCCUAGACCAGUCCUACCCACCUUCCUUCUGAAAGCCGCAGGGCCUCUCCUCCUGAGCCCUGUCCUGCCUGGCCCAGCCUUAGAGACCUCACCUCGACAGGCACAGGUGUCAGUGGUACCUGCAAUGUGAGCUUGUGUGCACGAGACACACCUGGUUUGGAGUUUGAAGUAGGAUCUACCUGGCGGGGUGUUUCCAACCCUCUAGCAAUAUGCAGUCUUGUUCUUUGUGAGUCUAUGCCCCAACCCCCAAGCUUCAGCUGUUUCUGGCUUGGUAGGGAUUUGGGGGCUGAGGGAUCUUUACGAUCCCUCGUGAUAACCAGACCCAGCCCACCCUGCGUGGGGGCUGGAGCACCAGCAACUCUGAUUUGUAGGUGAGAAGAUAGCUGCAGGUUAAUCUGAGUGCUUCAGAAGCUGGAGUAACGCCGUUGCCUGGUGCUCUCCCUUGAUCCUUGCGGGUUCUCCUGGUCUUGUGUUUCUAUCAGAUGGGGCUCAGGCUCUUGUCUUAGGGGACUGCUAGGGCAGAGCUGAGCAGCAGGCGCCCAGGUUCCAACUGGAAGGCCAAGUUUAACCCCACAGACUGAAGCAGGAGUUCCAGCUGCCCUGGCUCCCGGGGUCAGGAAGGAGCAGGGCACUGAGCCCUCCUUCAGGCCCCAGGGGAGUGGACAGGAGGCUUCCUGUAGCCUAGAGGCAGGAGCGCUAGGAGCACCCUGCCCUGCCCCCUUGCAGUUCUCACCAGCAAAGAAAUUCCUGAGGCCAAUGUCACCAAAGCUAAAUUGAAAUGUUUUGUUAUUGUUUCUUUUAUCUUUCUUUUCCUUUUUACUUUAUUGACUUGAUGAAUCUUGAAAUUGACUAGUUUCAAUAAAUGAAGUAGAAAUGUGACCCAACCAUUUAAGAAAACAACCAUCUGAGACAUGCAGGAAAUUGUGAGCAUUUUGACCUGGUUCCUCAUUUCCUAUUUGUGUUGGUCAGACAGUCUCAGAGGCAUCUGAUGGGGCAGGGGGUCCCUGGAGCUCCCCAGGACCCCACGGAGCCUUGUUGGUGACUGAGGGACUGGGAGGCCACCCCUGGGUAGGUGAAGCCAGAGGCCUGGCCCUGAGAUGCACUCUGACAGGUGUAUGGAGCUGCUGGCCCAGCACACAGCUCCUUCCCUAGUCAGCCGGGGCCCUCAGGCAAGUCUCUAAAUCUCAGUGUUCUCUGGCUGCUUGGGAGGGAGGGGUGGGGGAGGCGUGUCACGUCAGGGCCAUGUGGGUGCCUCCAGGACACUCAGGUGUUUCUGUACAGAUUCCAGUUCUACCCUCCUGGGCAGCCCACCUGGUGGGCAGGGUGUGAAUCAAGAGGUACUGGUGGCCCUGGGAAGCUGAGCCCACCCUGUGGUCUCCGUGGCCGUGCUGGGGGCUGGUGUCUUUGUUCACACGAGCACUGCUGCCUCCGCACGGGCCAGACUGAACGUGCAAACCCCAGGGAGAAGUGUGUGUGUGCAUCCAAUAAAAUCUUCUCCGGGAGAA